UUUAAAUGAAAUAUAAUAUUUCAUUUCUUUCAAGUACCCUCAGCUUACGUUCAGUGAAAUACUUCCAGUUCAACUAUCAGUAUCAAAAUGCUGAAAAAAAGAUUCAACUGGAAAUCUAGGGAGGUGAAAAGCACAGUUAUAGAUGAUUCGGAAACGAAAAAGUUGAAAGUAGAGAUAGAAGGUUCCGAACAUUAUGAUGAUGCUAAUCAGUUGGUAUUACCAUCGAAAAAGAGGAAUACGAAAACCAAGAGGCAGAAAAUAGAGACUGUGAGAAUACUGUCGAAAAAACAGCGAAAGCUUCUUGAGAAAAUUGUGGACAAGAAAACGAAAAAGGAGAAUCGAAAAAAUAUCCUGGAAGAACUAGAGAAAUAUCGGUUGCCUAAGGAAGAACAAGAUCAGCUGGUAUCAUUGUCAUCCAUACAAACCAAAGGACUCAAGCGUAUAUUUUUGGAAGAAAAAAAUAUAAAUGCUCCCCCCAAAAAGCGAAAAACCCAUAACGAAGAAGAAAACAUUGUUGAGAAUGCCAAUAACCUUGUUAAAUUAGAUACUCCAAUUAAACAAGAUCCUAUUGUAAAAAAAAAAUAUGAUCCAAGUCAUCUAGGUCUAUCUGAUAAUGAACCAAGCGAUGAGGAUACCGAGUCAAGUGACGAUGAAGUUGAAGUUAAAGAUGAAAUUAUUGAAAGUCCCUUGCAAGAAGAAGAAGUCCAAGAAAUAAAAGAGAAUGCCUCUGGUUCUAAAUCAGAUAUCAAUGAAAAAAAAGAUGAUGAUGUAGAGAUUGUUGGUGAAAUUCCAAAAAUUAUAUCAGUGAAAAAGGAGAGAAAACCUGCAGUGUAUGUUGAUGUGAUCAGGGACCCUAAAAUACAAGAGCAAAGGAUGAAACUUCCUAUUUUGGGAGAAGAACAGCACAUAAUGGAGGUGAUCAAUUCAAAUCCAAUUGUUAUAAUAUCUGGUGAAACUGGAAGUGGUAAAACAACACAAUUACCUCAGUUUCUUUAUGAAGCUGGUUAUGCCUUAGAGAGGCAGAUUGGUAUAACUGAACCAAGGAGGAUUGCAGCUAUCUCCAUGUCGGAGAGGGUUGCAAAAGAGAUGAGCUUGAGCUCUAGAGAAGUAUCUUUCCUGAUCAGAUUUCAGGGUAAUGUAACAGAAGAUACCAAAAUCAAGUUCAUGACAGAUGGUGUUUUGUUGAAAGAGCUUCAGAGUGAUUUUUUGCUAAAUAAAUACAGUGUUAUCAUCUUGGAUGAAGCUCAUGAGAGAUCUCUGUACACAGAUUUGUUGGUUGGUCUUCUGGCUUGGAUUAUCAAACUACGCGAAAAGAGAAAUAUACCGUUGAAGCUCAUUAUCAUGUCGGCCACAUUACGCUUACAAGACUUCACUAACAACAGGAGACUCUUCAAGACUCUCCCUCCUGUAAUCAACGUAGAAAGCCGUCAGUUUCCGGUCACAGUCCAUUUCAACAGAAGAACCGAUGAUGAUUAUAUGAAAGAGGCAUUCAAGAAAACUGUGAAAAUCCAUUCCACCCUGCCUGAAGGUGGGAUUCUGAUAUUUGUAACAGGACAACAGGAAGUUCAUCAAUUGGUGACUAAAUUGAAGAAAAAGUUCCCCUAUGUAGAGUCCAAGAAAAAGGCGGAACUAAAAGAAGAGGAUCAAGAAGAUGAGGAAGAUAUCUGGGAUGGUAAAAAGAAAAAGGGAAAGAAUAAAAAGAACAAAAUAAUCUUGCCACGUAUCAAUUUGGACGAUUAUAGCCUUCCGCGUGAUGCCGAAGUGAUCUCAGACGAAGAAGACGCCUCCGACGUGGAGUCUGAGGAAGACGCGCAUGCGGACGAGACCGCUUGCCACGGACAGCCUUUGUGGGUGUUGCCUCUCUUCUCCAUGUUGCCGGUUCACAAGCAGAACAGGAUAUUCCAACCGGUUCCUUCGGGAUGCAGGUUAUGCGUGGUGAGCACCAACGUGGCCGAGACAAGUUUAACAAUUCCGGGUAUAAAAUACGUGGUGGAUACCGGGAAAACGAAAGCCAAAUUAUACGAUAAGGUGACCGGCGUGUCCACUUUUAGGAUUUGCUGGACAAGCAAAGCCUCGGCCGAUCAAAGGGCUGGGAGAGCAGGCAGAACCGGACCGGGGCACUGCUACAGACUCUAUUCCAGUGCCGUAUAUAACGAUACCUUCGUGAAUUUCGAAGAGCCGGAGAUACGAAGGGCCCCCUUGGACGAUCUUAUAUUAAGAAUGCGAAGCAUGAAGAUCACGUCCAUCUUGAACUUCCCCUUCCCCACCGCUCCAGACCUGCUGCAGAUGAAGGUCGCCGAAACUAGGCUCAAGAUCCUCGGUUUACUGGAUGAACACACAGGCAAGAUCACCAAACUGGGGAAACAUGUGUCCAAGUUCCCCCUGUCACCCAGGUUCGGCAAGAUGCUGGCACUCAGCUUCCAGCAGGACAUCGUCCCUUACACCAUAAUGCUGGUGGCGGCGUUGUCGGUGCCCCAGCUGCUGUUGGAGGGAUCGGGCGAGACGAAGGGAGCCGAAGGCGGUCGCAGCGAUGCCGAGAGGUGGGCGGCUACGCGGGCGAAAUGGGCGGGAACGGGUAAUUCGUAUCUGCUGGGCGACAACAUGGUACUGUUGGCGAGCGUCGGCAUGGCGGAAGUGGCCCACGCCCAGGGCAAGCUGGAGGCGUUUUGUUUCGAGAACGGCAUCAGACAGAAGGCGCUGUCCGAGGUGCGUAAGUUGAGGGUGCAGUUGACCAACGAGAUCAACACUAACCUCCCGGAGGCCGAUUUGACGGUCGACCCUAAACUGCCGCCGCCUACCGAUCAUCAGGCCAAGAUGUUGCGUCAGAUUUUGUUGCUGGGUUUGGGGGAUCAGUUGGCGAGAAAAGUGACGAUAGAUGAGGUACCUACUGGAGAAUCAAACAAGUAUGAAUAUGCAUACCGAGUGGGCAACAUGGAGGAUCUAGUAUAUCUCCAGAAAAGCUGUGUCCUUCGCAGGACGGUUCCAGAAUGGGUGGCCUUUCAGGAGCUGUAUAAAAAAAAUAAAAUAUUCAUGCGUGGAGUGGCAGCUGUAGAAGCGGAGUGGCUGCCACUCUAUUACCCACAUAAAUAUGGCGGCGACUGAUGCGGAUGUGUCGGAUCGUGAUGGUGACGAUUGUGCAAAUAAGGGUGAAAAUACGAACUCAAAAAUAUUCAAGUGUUGUGCAAAACCAGCUAAAGCAUGCGUUUGCAAAAACUGCUAUUCCAUUUUCCAUGAUAGUUGUAUGAAAAGGAAUAAAAACAUCGAAAUUAUUAGUGAACUACUAAUUGAGUGCUGUUCAGCAAGUGAAAACUCAGAAAUUAAUCACAAUCCAGAGUGUGAAAAUGAAGAAAUUAAGCAACUGAAAAUUGAAGUGCAAUAUCUUGAAAUGUUAA